UCCCCAAACAAGAUUAUGUUCAUAUAUGCUGAAAUGUUUGUACCUUCUGAGGGAGGUACGCUCCAGUUAUGUUCCUGAUGCAACUAUGAGAAUUUUGCUCGAGUAUUUGGACGGUGAUGAUAAGAACAUUACUUGUCCGCUGCUUACUGAACGGAUAUACCAAGAUGGUACACCCGGUUGCACAUACAACAACUGGGCUUACAUAAUCAUUGCAAUCGUGGCAUUUAUAAUUGUUGGAAUCCCAUUUACAGCUUUCGUUUGCUGCAUACAGCGGAAGAUACGGAAUAGGCAACGCAUUCGACGCAGCAGCAAUGACCGAUCAAGCCCCUAUCCAUAUCAGCCCAUCAGCAGUGAAGGAAGUGGGCACCCUUCUUAUGGAGCCAUUGACAGUGCUGAUGAGCGUGUAAUCAGAUCUCCAAGCCAUGACUCUGUAUCUACUGCCAGUCUGGCUGAUAAACAGAGCCAGCAUCAAGACACCACAAGUGUGGCAUCUAGUCGUGCAAGCAUGGUUCCAGCCUAUGAUGAUGUAUCUUUAAAUCAACGCAGUGCUGCAGCUAGUAGAUCUCGCCACCCAUCUAAUUCAGAAAAUAUUAAAGAUGGUGCCAAGAACUCAGCAGGAGGGCAAGCCAAUCAAAGGAGAACAUCACGCCUCUCAUCUGAUGGCCAGGAUAGAUUUGUUGACCAACCAGGACAGUUUUAUGAAUCUGUGGAUGUUGUAACAAACUUGCCGAAGCUUCAAGACCAAACUAAAGCUAGAAAUGAUAAACAGCCACCCUCCAAACCUCCCAGGCAAUUCUUUAAUAAAGCUAUCACUCCAGAAACUGAGGAUCAUGUAUAUUCUGAAGUUGAAGGCACUGACUCUAAUAGUGCCUUUCAAUUGCCAUCAAAUGAUGUCAUAUAUGAAAUAAACCCUAAAGAGGAUGGGGCUUUUGAAGGGAGCUCACCAGUGUAUGCUGUUUUAGAACCACCCCUAGAGGUUCCAGAUCAGAAUAAGGGUCCAGAAUCACCUAAUGAACAGAAACCGGGUUUAGAGCAAGAGAAAAAGCCAGCUGAUGACAAAGUUGGAGAGGAUUCCGCUUCAGAUAAUUAUGUAACAGUUCUUCCUCCUACUCCUCCCAAACAAGUUUAUGAACCUGCAAAUGAGAAUUCAGACUUGACAGCAAGUGGCUCAAAUGAGUUUGAUCAAUAUUCUGUGACACCAAAAGAAGAAGAGCCUGACCCUGUGAAGUCAAGAUCUUAUUUUGAGGAGUUUCUUCUGGACAAAGUGAGGGCGUUACCAGCAGAUAAAAGAAAUGGUACUUUCCUUAUUCGAGAUUCAACUUCCUCAACUGGAUUAAAGGUUUUAACCUUGUACUGUUGGAAAAAUGACUCAAAUAAAGAGCUUUACCACUUUAAGAUCAGUUCUGCAGAAGAUGGCUGGGUAUUCCUUUACAAGAGUUCUAAAAGGUUUUCAGACUUAGAUGAACUGUUGAAAGAUCUCAGGAAAGACAAAGAUAUGUUGCCUUGUGUUUUAACUGAACAAGUUUUGCCCUAAUAUUGUUUCCCGGCCCUUCAUGUACAUAAAAUAUUUAUAUUUUAUCAAAUCAAUAUAGAAUUCUUUUAAAAAGAAAACCUUAGUGACAGAUUGCAUGUCGUAAAAAGUGAUUAACAAAUGUAUUUUGUUAAAAGGUAAUUUAGUGUUAACAACUGAGUUGAAAACGUAAAUUGGCCCACUGAUUGAAUCGCUCUGACGAAGGGCUAACGCUCGAAACGUCAGCUUUUUUACUCUGUACGGUGGCCAAUUUACGUUUUCAACUCAGUUGUUAACACUAACCCUAAACCCUAUACUCUCCCACCGACGCAGCACCACAGUUUCUUUAGAAACUUACCCUCUUUAUAUAUUUUGUUAAAAUACAGGUUCGUUUACUAACUGUAAGUAGUGUGGUAGGAAUAUUUUUAAAACAAGUAUAUUACGAUUGGGGCCGAAGUCAAGAGCUGCGAUUUUUGUAUUUUACUUAACAAAUAGAGAAGCCUUGACUGUGCUCUGUUCUGUUGUAAAGCACGCAGGAAGCGGUUAGAGCACGAAAGAAGUGUAGGGGGAAACACGAGACGCAGUCGCCAUCAGAGCACAGUCAAGGCUUCUCUAUUUGUUUUAUAAUAAAGAAUCCGUUAAAUUCCCCAAUAAUUACUUUCAAUUUUCAAAACAAAUCUUAUUUCCAAAGCGAAUAACAGUGUCGUCAGCAUGCUCUAUUUAACAAAUAGAGCACGAAAGAAGUGUAGGGAGAAACACGAGACGUAGUCGAGUGUUUCUCCCUACUUCUUGAGUGCUCUAGCCGCUUCCUAAGUGCUUUAUAACAGAACAGAGCACAGCCAAGGCU